AUGUCAUACAUUCUCACCCGUUCGCUGGACGCGAGGCAUGUCAUUAGGGCCAGAAUGGCCAGUCUUCCCGCCAUGUAUGCACCUCUGGUCAAGGCAUUCUCUUCUUCCACCCCAUCAAGAGCACAGCCAGUAUCCAUUCGAGCGACUCCCGAAGAACGUGCUUCCGGCAGAUUGAGUGAACAGAAUCUUGAGACCGCUGUGAGGCACGUGAGAAAAGACGGCCUCGUUGUUGUGCAGGAUGUAGUCGAGCAUGAGAUUCUGGACAAGUUGAACGAGAAGAUGGUGCAGGAUGCACUAGAGCUCAGGUCUAGAGGAGCUAAUUCGCCCUUCAAUUAUAACAAGGGCAAUUUGCAGCAGGACCCCCCUCCCGUGGAAAGAUUCUUCUUCCCCCAAAUUUUUACGAAUCCAAUUGCGACUCAGAUAACGUCGGCGGUCUUGGGCCCGCGUCCAAAGUUGACUUUCUGCUCAGGGAACUCCGCCAUGCCUCCGGUGGCUGGGGCUGCACCUGAAAGACAGCCUGUACAUUCGGAUGCCGACUUUGCACAUCCAGAUCACGCUUUUGCCUUGGUCGUGAAUGUACCUCUCAUCGAAAUGAAUCCAAAGAAUGGGUCAACCGAAGUAUGGCUUGGUACUCACGAUGGAUUUGGCUUGGAGGCACAGGAAGGUCUUCAUGGCGAAAGAGCUAGUGGCCGUAUCACAGAAUCGCUGUUGGAAACGCGCCGGAGAACUGACCCUCCAAGUCAGCCUGUUAUACCAAAGGGAAGUAUCAUCAUUCGGGACCUCAGGCUGUGGCAUGCAGGGAUGCCAAACCAUACCGAUGACGUUAGAGUUAUGCUCGCGAUGAUACAUUUUGCACCGUGGUAUCGCAAUCAAAUGAAGCUGGAACUUGCCGAGGAGAUAAAGCCGCUGGUGGAGCAGUCAAAGGAACUGGAUAUACGGGUUGAUUGGCGACAAGAUAAAUCAAACUCCCUGAUAUGGCCAAGGAAGUUAGCAGGAAAUCAUGGUAGCCAAACAUGCAGACUUCGCAAGCUCAAAUGCGAUGAGGGCAUGCCAAUUCGUCACCAGAGAAUUACCAGUGCACAGAAAGAGACCACGAAUGCAGCAGAAGAAACGAUUUCCAGUUUUGAACAUGAAGAAGCUCUCUGCAGUCUGCGGAACGAGCAAGUAGCCCAGCUAUUUGAGCACUACCUCCAGGUAUUGGCUCUGUGGUAUGAUCUCAACGAUCUUGAUUGCACCUUUGCAAGGCUCGUCAGCCGCGAGGCCCAGAAGAGCCAGCUCCUGCUCAAUGCAAUUCUCGCCUUUGCUGCCAUGCAUAAAUGUCGAACUGGUCAAUCGUCAUUGAAAGAAUUGGGUCAUGGGUACCAUAACCGGUGCUUGCGACUUCUCAUUGAGCUUCAGCAAUCAGACGAGGCGGUAUCAAAUGGGACUGCACUCGUCACUACAUGUCUCUUACGGUCCUAUGAAAUUCUUGCUGAGGAAAAGGAUCCCAAUUGCCAUCUGUUUGGCGCUUUUUCUCUGCUCCCAGAUCUCACAUCGACACUGCCCACAAAACCACUUUUGCUUGCAGGGCUCUGGAAUUAUCUUCGUGAAGAUAUCACAUUCGCACUGAUCAAUGAGUAUCCACUCAAAACAAACAUUGGCAAUGUACGACUCAUUGCAUCUCGGGAUGACGAUUAUGCCAAUCAGAUCACACUGCUUCUCGCCAGGGUGAUCAACACCGUGUUUCUUGAUGGAGAAGAUGAUGGAUUCCGUCUGGAUAGCGAGGUCAAACAGUGGCACGCGAGUCUUCCGUUUCAGCCAUAUCACGAAAUGUCUCAAGACCAAGGAUUUUCAAGAAUUCUAUUUCUUCACAAUUCCCAUGUUGCCGCCCUGCAAUACUAUCACGUUGCCAUGAUGUUGCUCAAUAAAGAUUGUGCUUCGGAUUUUGAGCUGGAUCACCAUGCACGGACAAUCUGUAGUCUGGCCCUGAGCUCCAGAAGUGAUGCUGUUAUGGUUGCAAAUGGCUGA